UCGGUAGUGAAGAGAACCGAGAGAACACUAUACAAGGGGGAAAAUGGCGGCUAAGCGUCGGUGCGCUGUAGCUGGCUGUCAAGUGAUGUAUGGAAAAGAAAACUCUAAAGAAAACGGAAUAACUUUUUUCCAGAUUCCACCAUCCUCUUUCACUGAUUGGAAGUCGUUGGUUUCUUCCGGUAAUUUGACGUCUAAUUCCCGUUUGUGUAGUCGUCAUUUUGACGAUGCCGACAUUGUGAAGGGUAGGACAAUUGGAGGAACGUUUUUCCCAUUUCAACGUUGGAACUUGAAAAGUGAUGCAAAGCCCAAGCAUUUACUGAACAUUGAUCAACCAGUGCCAACCCGAGGACUGAAGAGUUUUAGACAGCCAUUUCAAGAGAGGCCCAACGAUAACCACAAAGGGAAAACCCUGGUCCAUCGGAACAAUGUAGAACAGGGACUACAGACCAAGACCUUUUAUCAAUGUGGGCCUCGAGCACUGAAGAAAGAAGUUGGGCAUACUCCUCCUAAAAGAAAGAGAAACAGUCCAGGAGAUGAAAAUAGUAAAAACGGAUCUGUUGAAAGUGUUGGAGAAAGAUGCGCAGCAAUGUCUGUUGAUAUUCAGGAUGAGAAUAAUGAAUUGCAGCUAAUAGACAAUAGUGGAUUGGGCGAGGUAAUGGAAGAUCAGACAAUCGUCGAAACUGAGCAUGAGAUUGUUGAGCAAUCACAGCAAACAUGAUGGGUCAAUCUUGAUCAGGACGGUCAGGAUCAAAGAAGAUCAGUCGCUGUCGUAUCAUUUCCACGGAAAUCUUGUAUCGCCGAUCGGAUUAUCACACAAUUUCUCUUCGUACGAACAUCUCGCGCAAUUGGUUACAGCGUUCGCUGACACAAGUCCUUGUGGAACCAUUACUCAGUGUUCGUUGAUAGAUUUGGCGAAUUCCCCGUCGUCGCGAUUGCCAUAUAGACUAAACGAACACGGCCAUGUGGUAUCGUUGAAUUGUCAGCUUGUAGCGCACAAGUGUCGGCAGUGUGUCAAAUGUCGCAACUUACGAGAUAACUUGAUGAAACGCAAGAGAUCAUCCGACAUACGAGCGAAGAAAUUUAACAUAACCAGCAAGCAGAGAAUGAACACCAAAGAGCUAAAACUGUAUAGCUAUCAGAGCAAAGUGCGUUCACUGGAACAAAAAGCAAAGACUACAUGCACCUUAAUAAAGGAGCUCAGACGUGAUUAUCGUCUGUUAGUUUCAGAGGCUCGCUCGACUGAAUACGGUCGUAAAAGGAUCAAGCAUCGAUAGCAGUGAGCAAAUUGUAGUAUUGGCGACCAUCUCAAAAUGCCUUCAACAUAAAGCAAAGCAAUCCGAUAUCGCUGCAGCUGACCUUAAAAAGUGUAUGGAAGAUAUUCUGCUGAAGGAACUAACUUCUAGAUACGUAGACUCACUUCCAGAACGAGAAAAAGUCGACUAUAUUAAUGAUAUCGCUAUAUAUGAUGUAUGUGGAUACAUGUUAAAAGCACGACCGUCUGUAACAGUAUGUCUUGAUUGUAAACAUUCAGUGCAAUGCAACGAAUUAGAAUUACCACCUGAUUUCAAUUUUGACCAUUUCACUGGCUUGAGAACCCGUGGUAACCUCAUUUUCGUGACAGUGAAUAUGUUUCAAACUUUCCGGGUAAUUGAGUCAAUAAUUGAAUCUCAUUUCAAUCCGAUUAGUCAGAUGUAUGCUGAAAAUUCAUUUGAAGAAUGCAUCACAAAAAUUUCAAAUGCUCAAAUAUUAAAACUGUUCUGAAAUAUACACCGUGAUCACCAUCUCCCUUACCUAAUAAGAGAAUAUGUUGGCGUCCGUUACCAUUUCGAGUCAGUUCGCUUGAAGAAUUUGAUGUUAUCGCAGUCAAAAGCUGUAAAAGUUUCCAAUGCCAAAUUAUCAAAACAUGCUUAAUGUUUUUUGUUCGUUACCACUUCAGUGACAUGAAUCACUUUUCCAUCAGUUUACCAGUUCCUUUGUUCGUUACAGUUCACUCACUAAAUCACUUUCUCAUAACUUUACCAGUUUUUUGUUCAAUGAUUAGUUCAGUUGAUAAGUCUCCAUAACUUACCAGUUUCCUUGUUUGCUACAAGUUAAGUGACAUAAGUCACUUUUCCAUCAACUUUCUGUACCUGCUAAGUGUUUGUAAUUCACAGAUAAAGCUAUAAACUAAUUUAAACCUG